AACUCUCAAACUGGCUAAGAACAUUAAGCCGGCCGGGCCCGCUCCAAAACAAAAAAAGGCCCACGAACCCAUCACCGACUAUCCGUCCAUAUAAACGGAAUUCUCCCGUCUUCCUCUCUCCUCUAAAUUACUGCAUUUUGAAUUUGAAAGAGAGAGAGAGAUGGCUUCAGCCGACAUCAAGGGUUUCUUCCGGCAGAAGAAGGGAGGCGUGUCGAAGAAACCCUCCUCCUCCUCCUCCUCCAAGAAAAACUCCGGCAAGUCAAUCCUCCGAACUGCCGCGCAUGGAUCGCCGGAUUCCGCUCAAGCCGCACCCCUCAUCACCUGUGGAAAGCUUGAUCUCCAAGCUGAUAACGAGGACAGCGAGGAGAAGCUGCGACAAUUCGACAUGGAGAUGAGGUACGGACCCUGUGUGGGGCUCAGCAGGCUCGAGCGCUGGGACAGAGCGUGUUCUAUGGGGCUUAAUCCGCCGAUGGAGAUCGGCCAUCUUCUCCGUAGCUUAUCGGGAUCAAAUCCCAAGCUGGAAUGCCUCUGGGAGGGUAGGGUUUGAUUCGCAAAUAUGUAAUAAGUUGAUUUGGUGUGGAAGAAAAGGAAAAUGCUUAAUGGUAAUGGUAACUCCUUUUUUAUGUCAGCUGCAUUUGCAAUGGAGAGAUGUAUUUGACUCUGAUUUUGGUGUGUUAUAAGCGUUUUAACACUGUUCUGUUUCUUAGCUGAACCAAUUUGUGAUUCACAGAGGCUUGUGUUGCACUUUUUUUAUUAUCUCUAAUCUGAAAUUUGGCUAUGGCUUACGUUUUUUACUUUUUAGAUGUAAAUAUCAAAUUUCAACUGUUAGAUAUGCACAUACAUAAAAACUUCUUUCAGACAAACCCGCUUAUGAAAACAUAUAGCAGGAACUGCAGCUUCAGUGAAAAUUUGUCUCAUCGUUGAUAAAUUUUAUCACUCAUACCCUAAAGCAGUUCAUUCAUUGUAAAUAUUAGAAACUCCCCUCUUUUUUAUUUUAACAUUUACAUACAUA